CUCCCGCUAAUUCCAGUGUGCACUCUUGCCGAUGUAAAGCGAGGUGCUCUUCAGAUUUCCCGGGUAACACGGCCGAGCACGUGGCUACACGUCACACAAAGAUCAGCACCUUGGACAGCGGCGUCUGCCAAUGCGCAGCGAAACGGCGGAUUUUUCCCCCUCAGCGAGAACCCGAGGAAGGAAAAUUCAUAACAGGAAAAUGGGGGAGGACAACAACACUGAAAAACAUCUUUAAAUUUUGAAAUUAACAUGUUACUACAGAAUAAAGAGGAGUCGAUGCAGAGAGAGAGAUCAGCAUGGAUGCUCGGCGGAACAGGGAUGUGUGUUUUUGUGCACAUUUUCGCCACCCGUUCGGAUCCGAUUUAAAAUGCGAACACGCUGGACUGUAAAGCGGAUCGCGGCGGUGUUCAGAGGGGAACGGUGUGGGACGUAUUUUUCAUGUACUAUCUACCAGGAAACACACAGUAAGGAAAAGAAAAAAAUACCAUGGUGAUCUGAAACCUGGGAUGGUACCGAGGGACAAAAAGAGAGAUGAUUUGAAUAACGCCUGAUUUCUGCUGCCUUUUUUUUUUUUCUUUAUCGUUUUGGAUCAUCAUCAUGCCGAAGGAACGGGAAAGCAGAAAUGGCUACAUGGACUUUCUGAGACCGGGAUGUCUUCUUGUUUUUUAAUUGCCAUUCCGUAUGGUGUCCGUUCGACCCUCUCGCUCCCUCUGUUACUGUAGCUCAGCUGUCCUUCGCUUCGGACAGGAUUCCCAGUCUUCAUUGCAUUGCAAUCCCAGGGCAGCACAUAUUAACAUCUAGAUCAUGUACAGUGAGUGAGGCCAUAUGCAGCUGCCUCCGAAACACUGUUGUUAAGGUUUAAUUUGACAGUUUUCUGCGCUCCUUCUUCUUCGUUUUUCGCUCUGAACAACUGAUGUCCUUUUGUUUCGGCAUCCGUUUAAUACAAGCACAGCGAGCUUCAGCCCGUGACUGAAGCAAAAACAUAAAUUCCGCAUUGAUUAAUGCCAACAUAAUUCUGUGCAAAUGGCAACGGCCAGACGAUCUUACUCUAUGUACUAUUUUCCUUUAACUAUUUAUUGGCUAUCUAUUAUUGAAUAUUUAUGUCCGUUCUGAUCGACAGCCAUGGGUUUCUGUCUACUCAAACAUUUUCUUUUUGGUAUCACAGUCCUCUGCUCUCAAAGCUGAAUACAUAAUAAUAAUAAUAAUAAUAAUAAUACAACUUGCAUUAAAUAAGUCGUAAUAAAUAAUAACAAGCCACAUCUGGCUACCAAAAAUCUGCAUCCGGAAUGAAACUCUUAAUACACUUCUGUCAUUGAAAUAUAUACAUAUCUUUUUUUCUUUUCUCGGCCACAUUUGCAUAUGUAGUAAAUGAUGUUUAAGUAUCGGAUCCGCAUGUUUUUCAAUGAACUCAAAGUACUGGUGUUGAUGCGAUCCGGUUCGAGACGGGCCGACCCAGACGCAGACGCAGACAGGCGGACCGGCAUGCGGGGUCUCGGAGUGGGCGGCUGCGGGUGGCCGCCUUUCGACUGCUCUUCCCGGGACGACGAAGAGGAGUACUAUGGGACGGAUCCUCGGCCGCGGAGCCUGGCGUUCGAGGAGAAGGAGGCCAAGCUGCAGGCGGGCCUGGACGCCGUGUCGCUCUCCAGCAGCAUGGAAAGCGGCAUGCGCUCGCCGCAGUGUCGGAUCUGCUUCCAGGGACCUGAGCAGGGAGAGCUCCUGAGCCCCUGUCGCUGUGAUGGCUCCGUGCGCUGCACUCAUCAGCCCUGCCUGAUUCGCUGGAUCAGUGAGCGUGGAUCCUGGAGCUGUGAACUUUGCUACUUCAAGUACCAGGUGCUGGCUAUCAGCACCAAGAACCCGCUGCAGUGGCAGGCCAUCUCCCUCACAGUGAUUGAGAAGGUUCAGAUUGCAGCCAUCAUCCUGGGGUCCCUGUUCUUAAUUGCCAGCAUCUCCUGGCUCAUCUGGUCAUCUCUCAGCCCCUCUGCCAAGUGGCAACGGCAAGACUUGCUCUUCCAAAUCUGCUAUGGCAUGUACGGCUUUAUGGACAUUGUGUGCAUAGGCCUUAUAAUCCACGAGGGUUCAUCAGUAUACCGAAUAUUCAAACGGUGGCAAGCAGUAAACCAACAGUGGAAAGUUCUGAACUAUGAGAAGGCCAAGGACUUAGAGGAUCCACUGAACUCUAGCGGUAAGGGAGGGGCACGUGGCUCACGGAACAACUCCCAUGGCUUAGCUGGGAGCGACCGUGGAGGCAGGCGGGGCCAACGUGUGAGGACUAUUCUAAACCACCACUGUGGCUACACCAUCCUGCACAUUCUAAGUCAACUGCGGCCAAAUGACCAUCGCAUCAGUGCCACAGCAAACCGUGAGGUGGUUAUGAGGGUCACCACCGUAUGAAGUUGGAUCUGCUUAGGGACGAAGGAGACAGCCUUGGGAACUGGCCUCCCACUUUUCCAGCGCCCCUGGACAAAUGCGUGGUGCACAAGUACUGAAGAAGUAUAAGGACCUUCUGCUCCCAACUGUCUUCUAAAAGUGGAAGAAAUGUAUUUUUAACUGCAAAUAAAGGGACAAACAGAAAGAAACAGGACAAAAUCACAAAUAAGCAGCUUUGUAUCAAACUAAAAUAUGCUGGAGAUUUUUCUUUUCCCAGCUUGAAAAUACAAAGCACUGUCAUUGCUCUUGUUCCUGUUUUUUAACUGUGACUAUAAUUGUUACCAAUUUUGAUUUUAUAAGACUAUACAUUGUAAGAGAAUUACAACAUUUGAAUAAGAUGGCCCAUGCCACCAUUCCCCCAUGGCACCAUCACCCAUUUCCCUCAAUAUUUCAGUAUAAGGGUUAUGAGGAUGCCAUAGGCCUGUCAGAGUUGAGGAAUCAAGAAACAGAAAAAUAUUGCAAUAAAUUAAUUAAAAGAGUUUUGAACAAUAAUACUGAUGUUCAAAAAGUAUAAUUUGUCUCUGCAAUAAAGGUACCAGUAUGUUUCACAGUGAAUUCUACUAGAGGGAACAGUCUUAUUCAUAUUCCCUUAUCUCUUAUGCUGUUCUCUCUCUUCCAGUUUGCUCUUUAAACAAGAACUGUUUUUUUCUAUUUCAUAUCUAACAUUAGAGGAGGGUGAGCCUCAACAACACUGUUUUCAGAGAAAUAGUUGCUGAAUCAGUGAAUCACCACUGCAGGUUACUGUAUCUUCAGAAGAGUCUCUUUUUGGCUUAAAAGACACUGCUCUCUUAGAGCCCGCAAGUGUAAAUUAAACUGAAUAUAUCCAAGUUAUCUUGGGAUUUUUAAAAAAAAAAAAAGCCCAAAGGUGCUUGAUACAACGAUUUGUAUCCAGAAUUUAUUAAUUUAUCUGUUAAGUAAUGAAAUACAGUCCAUGACAUCAGAAAUAAAAAUUCUACCUUGACCUGAUCACAUUGUGUACCCUGUAUAUUGAGACAUUUUCUCUUAAACAUUGCUAUUUUGUGUCCAAGACUGUACUAGGGUGUAAUUUGCUCAUCGUAAGAGCAUAAGGUCGGCAAAAAUAAAGAUCAGCUUGGUAAACUGGAA